AUGGGCGGCGGCAAGGGCCAGAUAAAGCUCGCCGCCCCGCAGGAAGACCCCCCGAGCCAGAACGCGGCGGGUAUGAAGCGCGACUUGAAUAAGAGCGGCUCGCAAGCGGAGCUCAAACGGCAAACCUCCACAACUAUCCGCUCGAGCCAUUUGCGUCAGGUUUCGACAGAUAAUCUUACUAUUGAGCGAACGUCCAGUCCUAUAUCAGUGCCGAUGGGUCGUGCAUCGGAGGGAGGGGACGUGUCCGCAUCGGCGGCUUUGGGCUUUUCUGCCCCGACCACCACAUCACCUUCUGAUCUUCCUACACCUCCAAUUGAAGAAAUCGAAACCAUGCUGGAGCUCCUAAUGGAAGAUUUGAACUUGACCGAGGACAAAAAGCAGGUCCUCCGCUUAUUGCCUAAUGAUCGAAAAUGGAUCAUGCUGCAACAACACCUGGGAGAACGAUAUCGAGAUGGCGCGGCGCGUGAUAUGCAGCAAGACCAAGAGCUGCAACGGUUACGAAACAAUCCUGAUAAGCAGCUAUUGACAGAUCUCGUUGUUUCCUUGCGUUCUCGGCCAAUUAGAUGGAUUAGUAACUUCAUUGAGAAUGGUGGACUCAAUAUUCUUCUGGAGAAUCUCGGAGCACUAGGCCGACAAAACAGACAUGAUGAAUUUGAAGAGCUGUAUAUCAAGUGCCUGAAAUCUUUGAUGAACAACAAGAUUGGUUUGUCGGCUGUUCUUGACAGCGAAGGUGCCCUCAACAUCAUAGCGCUUUCUUUACAAUCGCCGUCCCCAAAAACGAAAGCAUUGGUUUUGGAAAUUUUGGGUGCAGUCUGUCUGAUACCCGGUGGCCACCAAUGUGUUCUGGAAGGCAUGGACAACUUGUGUACGCAGGCGAAGACCCGUUUUCGGUUUGAAGCUGUUGUCUAUACCCUUUGGCAAAGCUGUCAAGGCAUGACUGCCCAUGAUAAGGAUUUGCAGGUUGCUAGCAUGUCCUUUAUAAAUGCUGUUAUUUGCGGAGGGGCCGGAUACAACUUGGAUUUCCGAAUGCACAUGCGCUAUGAGUUCAUACAGUUGGGCCUGAAUCGCUUGAUUGACAGCAUAGGGUCACUGGAAAACGAGUUGCUUCAGACGCAAAUCGAUGUCUGGGUUGCGGGACUCGAGGCUGAUGAGGAGGAGGUCUUCAUGAAAAUGGAUGUGGAGGGGCAAUUGGACUGGGAUAAUGCAGAAGAAGUAGCCAUAGCACUGUCGGAAACGAUGAAAUUCUCAACGUGCUACGCGCCGUAUAUGUCUGUUCUGAAGCACCGAUUCUGGAUGAAAUUUAUGUUUAUCAUCGACAAAGUCGUUCAACAGAUUGUGCUCCAGCGCGAUUCUGAAGACCCCGACCCUGCUGCCAUGCUUGCGGAUCUUGAUGUUCGGGCGAUGGUUGCAGAAUUGCUGGACACUGACAAGAUCCGUGAACAGGAGGAUAAGUAUAGGAAGCAAAUUGAAAAAAGCAAACGGUUGGAAAAAGAGCUGGAAACUCUGAAGGCAGAAACUGGACAUAAGGAUGGUCAAGGCAAAUCGGCAGAAGGAAAGGACGAAGAUGCAAAACAGGCAACCCUGCAGCUUGCUGCAGCCAAGAAGGAAAUUGCUGAGUUGGAAAACUUGUUGAAGCAGCGAAUAUCAAACUUGGAUGGAGGUCCGGAAUUCAUUGCCCGAAUAGAGAAAGCUCUCGGCCCGAAAAACUGGGAUGCGGGAAUGCCUCCCGCAACUACCGCAAUGGCAACUGGUGGUGCUCCACCACCCCCGCCACCACCACCCGGCAUGGGUGGUCCACCACCGCCUCCUCCACCCCCUGGUAUUGGAGGUGGGCCUCCACCACCUCCACCACCACCAGGAGGUCCACCACCGCCCCCGCCUCCACCCGGCAUGGGAGGUCCACCUCCACCUCCGCCUCCGCCCGGCAUGGGGGGCCCCCCACCACCACCUCCACCUCCUGGAAUGGGUGGUCCACCCCCACCCCCACCACCGCCGGGAGGUGGCCCGAGACCGCCGGGCCCUCCUCCACCACCAGGAGGAGCAUUUGGCUUUGCACCUGUACCAACCGGUCCACCUGCCAAGCCGACAAAUCUGUCCUCCAAGCCUCUCAAAUCUUUUAAUUGGACCAAGAUGCCAAAUACAAAAGUCAAGGAGACCGUAUGGAGCGACCUUGAUGAUGCAGGUGUCCACAAAAAACUCAAAGAUGACGUAUAUAAGGAGUUUGAAGAUCUUUUUGCCGCAAAAGAAAGCAAACUUGGCAAGUCUGAUAAGGAGGCUGGGAUGGCUGGAAGUCAUGAAAGUGUGGCAGCUAAGGAAAUCUCGUUCUUGGAUGGAAAGCGCUCUCAGGGUUGCAAUAUCGUGCUAAAGGCCAUUAAACUUGAUGCCCAAACUAUCAAGCGAGCCAUAAACACAGUCGAUACCAAAACCCUGAACCGCGACGCUCUCAAUGAGCUGAUGAAGUUCAUUCCGCAAGAUGAAGAACUGCGCAUGAUGCAAGAGUAUGCGGACCAGAAAGACAGCCUAGCGAGCGCGGAAAGAUUUUUGUACGAGGUCUCGGAGAUUACGUUGUAUGAGUCAAAGCUCAAAGCCUUGCACUUCAAGACGAGCUUCUCGGAGCUGCAAGAUGAUGCCGAGGCGCUGAUUGCCUGGUUGACGUCUGCCAGUGAGGAAGUGGUUAGCAGCAAGAAGUUCAAGGAAUUGUUGCAAAUCAUCUUAGCUCUGGGUAAUUACAUGAAUACUGGACAGCGUGGCGGUGCGUAUGGAUUCAAACUGAACAGUAUCCUUAAGAUGGGUGAUACUCGAUCCGGUGUCCAGGGACGUAAGCACACAUUGCUUCACUAUCUAACAGAGCUAUUGGAGAAGAAGUUCCCGGAUGUUGUUGGAUUCCAGGAGGACCUGGCCCAUGUUGAACUAGGAGCAAAAGUCACGAUCCCACAGAUCCGCCAAACGCUCAUGACCCUCCGCCAAAACAUACAGCAGUUGAAGCAGCUCCUAGAAGCCAUGGAUAAAGAUGAGCAGAAGGACAAACGCUUGUCUAGCGGUUCUGAACUGUCCAACUCUUCCAGCAGCAAAUUCCGAGAGGUCAUGGGUCAGUUCUACGAAGAAGCCGAUAAGGCGUAUGUAAGCUUGGAUGAGCGUUUCAAAGUUACGGAAAAAAAGUAUGAGAGCGCGGUAACGCUCUACGGCGAGGAUCCAAAAACCAUUACCCCCGAAGAGUUCUUCGGAAUCUUUUGGCAGUUCUGCCAAGGAUUUACUCAGGCGAAAUUGGACAACGAAAUGGCCAUACAGAAGGCGAUUGAAGAGGAGAAGAAGGAGAAAGAGAAGAGGGAUCGAGAAGAUCGACGCCGAAAGAAACGUGAAGCCGUCCCCGGGUCCAAAGAAGGCACCAAAGCGGGCGGGGAACAUCAAGAUCAAGGCGGUUUGGAUGACCUUAUAUCAGCGAUACGAACAGGGAAAGCAUUCGGGUCCAAUGAUGCCGGGCCCGGCGGCCGGCAGCGCCGAGGGCGGGACUCGCUCCCUCCUCCUGAACAAGGCAACAAAGGACCUGGUAAAGGCGGUGGGGAGGGAACCUUGGUGUUUAUGGACGAGAAGGAUAAGAGCAAGAAGCCAGACCCCGCGGCCCCGAGACGAAGGGAGAAUCUGUCAGGAACAGUAAGAGGGAUGAAGGGCGUUCCCACAUCAUAAUUGUUUCUUCUACAUUUCGUUUAAGAUUUAUAGUGUCAUUCGUAAUGCUUUUGGCCAUAGUGAGGCAACAUGAUGCCGUACUUGAUUUUGCUGCUACCCUUGCUGCAACAACCACAGU